CUUAUUCAAGAGACGAUCGAUAUUGACACUGUUUCCAUUCUACCGACCGCGGACUCGCUCAAUUCCCGUAUUGUUGAGCCAUUCGCAUACUAUCCUAGCUUGUCGAGUCUCCUGUGGUGCGACACUGCCGUAGCAGUGGCACAGAUUGACUUAGCCACAGUUCUUAUACAGACAGGCCUUUGCAAGUCAACAAACGCCCAAACCAGCCGACCACUGAAUUGCAUUGUUUUUCUGGAACCUGUUCCUCAAAACUCAACUCAUUCAGCGAGCUUAUACCUCUAUCUUCAAGCUCCUUUAUCUUCUUUUUCGUUCGUCAGAGGUUGUGGUUGUUUGAUAUCUAUUAUCCUCAACCACUAUUCACCAGGCCUGGAAACAAUUGCGCGACUCGUUUGAGUGGGCACCAAGUUUUCCAUCUCCUCGUAACUUGAGGACUUACCGAAUUCGACUGUGAAUCACUGUCAAAACUUACUAUAUCUUCUUCCGCCUUUUUUCCAUCUUCACCCCAACUUCACAUUUACACUUCGCAUCGCAACUCUAUAUCAUAAGCGUUUUCACCCAUCUCAAUCACAUCUUCAUUGCCCUUCGACUCUAGCAAUAUUCUAUUGUUGAUUCCUUGAUCAAGGUCAGUUUCAACUUGGUGCAGUCAAGCACUAUCCCAUUCUCUAAGUACGUCGGCCUCAAUACGACUUCUCAACCAUAUCAUCAACGCGGCUCUUUAGCAUCACUGUUCACGGCGGCUAACAGUCCUUAGAAACCCUCUGCCGAAGCCAUGGCACCCGCAAAUGCCAAAGCCAACUACAAGACCUACGAGGCUCAGGCUCGUAUGGUUCGGGCUAUCGUCGCCGCUCAUCCCGACGUCAAGUGGAACUACAAGGAAAUCGCCGCUUGUUACGGCUCUGACAUGACAGACCAUGCUUUGAAUCAUCGAUUCCGCAAGGUUCGGGCAACUGUCAGCAUUAUCCAUGCGGCUCGUGAGCAAGGUCUGGAUGUCAAGGAUUUGACCACCGACGAAAACCUCCUCCCUGCCACACAGGGAGCUAUUGACAAGAACAAUAUUGCCAAAUACUUUGGCCAAUCUACCGCAGAUGGCAUCCAAUUCCAGUUCCGAACUAUCAAGAAAGACGCUGAGGCCCUUCGUUAUGCCGCUAACAAUGGUGAUGAUGUCGCCAACUGCCUCAACCUUGGCACAGCGUCCGGGCUGCCAAAUACCCCAUCCAAACCUACUCCGUCACGCCAGCCUGGAAGUCGAUCGGCCAAGGGAUCCAAGCGCAAAACUUCAUACACACCCUUGAAUCCCAUCAAGCGCUCCGGCUCGGAAGAUGAAGACGGCGAUGAGCUUAACUUUGAUGAAAUGGAUCAUACUCCCUCAAAGAAAGUCAAGACAACUGGCCGUACUCCUCGUGGCCCUACGCCCUCUCGCACAGCUGCCCAGAAGGCCGCUGCUACUAUCGCCGACGCUUCCGCGCAGUACAAUGACAGCGAGUCUCCGUACGAGGAUGCCCCUACUCCAACUCCAGGUCCUACUUCGGCUCCUGUCGGUCUCCCUGCUGCAACGCUCCCUCCUUCCGCGACUGUUGCUCCGACCUCUAUCUUUGGCAACGUAGAGCGUAAGCCUCAGCCGUCCGUGGUGGGAAAUUCUGGUCUUGACAUGAUCAACUCAGUUGGCCUUGGAUAUCCCGACAUCUUCUCAGUCGCGGGAACCUUUCGCGCUCCACCUCCCGAUGACUCGUCCUACAUGGAAUGGGGUGACGGAGAGAUCUAAACUCUCGAUCUCGAAUCGCGAUCUCUGACUUGAGCAAGAACUGAUACCGUCGACAAAGGUUAUCGGAUACAGUACCAAAAUAUGGAUGAAAGCUCUACAGAGUGUACUAUACAACAUACCACAAAAGCACGAAUGCGGAACCGGUUCUUUUUGUUAGCGACAUAUGGCUCGAUCGGCUUUUACUGCCUUGCUGUCGGUAUUUUGAUCAUAUUUCAUGCCCUUGCCCCCUGUUUUCCCAGCACAGAUACCCCUUUUUCCCGCAACACAGAAGCAUUCAGUUCUUUCCUUUGACACCAGACAUUCGACACACUUCAUGGCUUCUUAGCCGAUCAGUUAGUAAGGGUUCAUUUGGGCAUGAAUAGUAUGGGGCAUGUAUGAGUUCUAGCUAGCUAUGGUGCUCACUUCAAUAAACAGCGUGAGUCUUAAAAGGUGGUGCCCUGUAAUUUAUGGCUGUGACAUAACCAUUAUAGCAUAAAUACUAUGAUAUGCUAAAAACAAGUGUAUUAGGUGCAGGACAGCAAUUAUCUGGCAAGAUCAUAUUGAGUAUGUCUUGUCUUGCUUGAGGCUCUGAUCCGAGUGAUCUUUUCCAAGUUGAGUAUCGAAUUGCCUUGACAUGUUGUCGUGGAUUCAGUAGUAUUUCGUGGCUCGCAUGAGAAUGGCCUCGCUCAGGAGUUGCUUGAUUUUGACUUGCUUUUUCAUUGACAUGUCUACGUCUCUUAGGAUAGACAUGUUGCUCAACUUAACAAAAGCUGCCACAAGGCAUCUUUUUCCACAAAGUCAUGAUGAAUCACGUUGACCAGCCAAUAAUCAUCCUUGAUGCCACUCAAAAGUUUCUCACUCUCAGAACCCCGGCCGUACACCUUGGCCCAUUCACCCCAAAUUCCAAACGCCUCCUCGCUCCAAGCUCGGAAACUAACCUCCUCAAUAAUAGUAGGCGUGAUGAUCUCCUUUCCGGGAAACACACCCCAUGUCACGGCAUUCGUAGACGGACCGGCUUCCGUCGAACCGUUCACGUGAUCGCUGUUGUCCGAUGAGAGAUAAUCUCCGCGUGCGUUGCUGGCGUAGAAGCAUACAGAGUCUUGCAGCUCCGGCGAUGCGAGCUUAGCCUUGAGAGUGUCCCAUUCGUUGGCGGGGAUGAAGAAUUCGACGAACGACUUCUGAAAGACAAAUCCGUUGGGUGGACCCCAGCCAAAGGUGCCGUCGCUGGAUCGCAAGCCAUUGACGGCAGGCUGCGAAGCGACAGUCCACCAGCCCUUGCGAUUGAGUUGCAGGAGGUUAGGUUGAAUAGUUGAACUCUCAGCCCGAAGCUCCUCCUCACUCCAGGGGAUGGCGGAGAGCUCUCCCCGAAUAUGCUUGACAAACAGGUCGUUGAUAUCCUGCCGUGUCUUGGGGUAACCCCAAAGUUUGACAGCCUGUGUUACAGACAUAUGGAGGCUUACGCCGUAUCCGUCAAUCUCACCAUAGGCGGGGGAUCGGGCGUCGCCAAAACGACCGUUAGGAAAGUCAUCCCAUGUCGCCUCACGGCCCAAAACGCCUUCGCCCUCCGAAAUGGCGAGAGUGUUUGCACGGGUAUUGAUUGCUUCGGCACGCACGCCGGCCUCCUGUCCAGUAGCCUCCCAUUCAGGAUAUAUCGCUGGCCUAUCACCAACAAUCACACGAUUGUGGGGGUCUGAGGCAACAGAAGAAUGUCUUCUUGACUGCCGGGAGCGGGAGUGGCUGCUAGAACGCAUGUUGGCGCUGCCAUUGAUCUGUAGCGAGGGAAUGGCUAGUUCGUCCACUGCGAUGGCUUCUUCGUUCUCUGGAGGGUCAGGGAUGAGAUUCGCCCGCUCCAGGAUGAAGGAUACGGCCUUCUCCAGGUUGAGCGUGUAAAAGUGGAAGCCUUUUGGACCCGGUGUCUUGGACUUGAUGGUCUUGAUUUUGUCUAUCAAUUCACUGACGAUAUCCACGCCGACCAUCUUUACACGUUCAUCAUCACCUUUGACAUCGUCGAGGCGUGCGAGGAGAUGGUCUGGAAUUUUGGCAUGGCUUAGCUUGGUUGUGCGCUUGAUCAUCUGGUAGCUCUGGAUGGGCAUAAGUCCUGGAAUAAUGGGAAUGCCCUUAAAGGCACCGCUGGGGUGUUCUCGUAGAGUGGUCUCGAAGUGCUCGUAUGCUUCAAUGUCGAAGAAAAGCUGGGUUUGGAUGAAGUCGGCACCAGCCUGCACCUUUUGCACAAGGUAAGGAAGAUCAUGCUCCAAGCUUUGCCCGAGAGGAUGGCUCUCUUCGGCAUGUCCCUCGGGGUAAGCUGCGACACCAAUACAGAAGUAGUCUGCGUGUGUCUUGCGGAUAUAUCUGACCAGGUCAACAGCCCAGUUGAAGUCCUGGCCUCCGUCAUCCUCAGAAUCUUCUGGGUCACGGUAUUCUUCUCUUCGUGGGGGAUCACCUCGCAGGGCCAAAAUGUUUCUGAUUCCCAGUGCUUUCGCAUCUGAAAGCGCCUCAUCGAUCAGUUUCUUGCUCAUAUUGGUGCAUGUCAGGUGCAGGCAAGUUGUAAAUCCAACCUCUCUCUGACACAACUCGGCCAAUUCAAGUGAUUUUUGGGAUGUACUGCCACCCGCACCCCAAGUGACAUUCACAAAGAGCGGUCGAAGGGCACGCUCCAUUCGGUGAAGACGGUCUCGCAAGUUGGAGAAGCCCAUGGCGGUCUUGGGCGGGAAGAAUUCGAGAGAGAAGUAUGUGCCAUCAGCUGGCAGAGCAGCGAUGCGAUCGGUGAUCUUGUCCAUUGCGACGGACGGUGGGAGCUAUCUUAAUGGUUCAAUGAUUCGCGUUUAUUCGUAAUAUGUGAAUUGAGAAAGUUGUAGACUCGAAGUUGGACGGAUAUCGUCGGGGGGUACUUGAACUGUCGAAUCGUCGAUGAUUGACUGGAAGAGGAGGAGAGAUGCAAUACUGGAAAGGGCAGUUAGCUCAAAGCUGGCUUGUCGCUCUCUCUUAUCGAUUAAGAGCUAUCGUCCUCAGACUGAAGAGGGGAGGGGCUCUCGACUCAAGGAGAUAACUCGGAGUGAGACGAGACAAGUCGAGUCGAAGACGUCGGGGUCCCUUUUCUUUAUUCUAGAUCGUGGAGGGGAU